CUCUCCGAGUCAGUAGACUACGAACCCUGGCUGCAUGUCGUCGUCGCUUCUGCAGAUCGCUCUCGCUGUGUCCGCGCCGAAUCAAUCGAAUUGUCGAGUGUCCGCGUCUCGUCUCGUCUCGUCGGUUCUCUUGUGAGGAGGAUCACCUGGCUGGAAUCGAAAUGUGGUGAAAGGAGUCCAAAUCGAUAGGAGAGCAGCCGUGACGAUUUGUGUUUGCUUGCGAGUUUAGUGAUGUGUUUAUGAGUGAGUACUGAGAGUAGAAAAUCCUAGUGUGUAGUGUAUUAGUGGAAAUCCGUUUUCUCGGAAAAGCAAUCACAAUCUCAAACGAGUGGAAGCUGCGCAUCAUUUGCUGAACACAGCUGAAGAAAAAAAAGGCAAACCAAGCGGAAAAUAUUGGAUAACUAUAUUCAGCUUCGUCGGUUUUCUUGGAUAGGAGAGGAGCGCUGAAGGAAAAUUUCUGAAAUCCAAAACGGUGGAUGAAAAAAGUUUACGAGGCGUUCGCCGCCGAGAGGAUGUCUGCUAUCAGACAUCGACCUCUGGCAGCACAAAACGAGAGCGAUGACAACUUUUCCGACGAUGAGAGCACCCCACUGACGCACGACAUCUAUGGCGGGAGCCAACGAACGGUCCAGGAAACCAAAGGAUGGGACGUCUUCCGGGACCCUCCGAUCAAGGAGGACACUGGAUCGAUGGCGGACCAGGCCUGUCUGGAGCUGACGAUAAAGAUCCUCAAAAUCUUCGCCUACCUGCUAACCUUCGUGAUAGUCCUAGCGGGUGGGGUGGUGGCCAAGGGUUGUGUCCUGUUCAUGUCGGCCCAGCUCCGGCGGGACCGGAAGAUAACCUAUUGCAAUCGGGAUCUGGCUCGGGACAAGCAGUUUGUGGUAUCGUUACCGGAAGAGGAACGGAUAGCGUGGAUGUGGGCCCUGAUGAUUGCCUUUGCGGUGCCAGAGAUUGGAGCGUUCAUUCGAUCCACUAGGAUAUGUUUCUUCAAAUCGAUGAAGAAGCCGCAGAAGAUGGCAUUUUUGCUUGUGUUUUUGAUGGAAUCGUUCCACACCAUUGGGUUGGGGUUGAUGUUCUUUGUGAUCCUCCCGGAAAUCGACUCGGUGAAAGGGGCCAUGUUGACCAAUUGCUUGUGUGUGAUACCGGGUAUGCUUGGGCUCUUUUCGCGAACAAAUAAGGAAGGUAAACGAGCCGUAAAGACGAUAGUUGAUUUGGCAGCCAUAGCGGCACAGAUUACUGGAUUUGUUGUGUGGCCGUUGUUGGAGAAUAGACCGGUCCUAUGGCUGAUCCCGGUGACGGCUUUGCUCACGUCUUGUGGUUGGUGGGAGAACUACGUUUCACCUCAGAGUCCUUUUGGAUUCAUUAGAUCCAUGGGCAGGGUUAAGGAAGAUCUGAAGCAGACGCGUUACUUCACUUACAUGUUCCUAUCACUUUGGAAAAUCAUCCUAUUCUUCUGCUUCGUUGUGGUAGUUAUGUUCACACGAGGUGAUGAAGUUUCUAACCUUUUCUCGCUGUUUGGAGCCGGUUUUGGACCUCACAAAAUUGUUGUUGAAGAAGUUGCGGUAGCCUUUAGCUCGGCACUUCCCGAUUUGGUGGAAGCCUCUCAAGCUGGAGAUACCAUUGAUAUUGACGCUUCCUACAACACCGUUACCUAUGUUUUGAUCAUUCAAAUUCUUGGAGCAUACCUGUGCUACAUCUUUGGAAAGUUCGCUUGUAAAAUUCUUAUCCAAGGGUUCAGUUAUGCCUUCCCGGUUAAUCUAACGAUCCCGGUGACAAUUUCACUGUUGAUUGCGGCUUGCGGAAUUCGAAAUGACGACCCGUGUUUCUUCCACGGAUCGAUUCCGGACUACCUGUUCUUUGAGAGUCCUCCGGUGUUCCGGCUCAGCGACUUUGCUUCCCGGCAAAUGGCAUGGGCCUGGUUACUGUGGCUGCUUUCACAAACCUGGAUCACCUUGCACAUUUGGACACCAAAAUGCGAACGUCUCGCCAAUACCGAGAAACUUUUCGUAACGCCCAUGUACAACGCACUGCUGAUUGAUCAAUCUAUGGCCAUGAACAGGAGGCGCGAUGAUCAAGCCGAUGUCAAGACCGAAGAUCUGGCUGAGAUCGAAAAAGAGAAGGGUGACGAAUACUAUGAAACCAUUUCCGUUCACACCGAUGGAUCAGCACUGCCUCGCCCUAGUGUUAAGUCUUCGGAUCACAUUACAAGAAUCUACGCCUGUGCAACCCUAUGGCACGAAACCAAGGAAGAGAUGAUGGUGUUCCUUAAAUCGAUCAUUCGGAUGGAUGAAGACCAGUGCGCUCGGCGAGUGGCCCAAAAGUACUUGAGAAUCGUGGAUCCUGACUAUUAUGAGUUCGAAACUCACAUCUUCUUCGAUGACGCGUUCGAAAUUUCCGAUCACAGUGACGAGGACAUCCAGUGCAAUAGGUUCGUGAAGAUUUUGGUUGACACCAUUGACGAAGCGGCCUCGGAAGUGCAUCAAACCAACAUUCGGCUGCGGCCACCGAAGAAAUACCCGACACCAUAUGGCGGACGACUGGUUUGGACGUUACCCGGUAAAACGAAACUGAUUGCCCAUCUCAAGGAUAAGGAUCGUAUUCGGCAUCGUAAGCGAUGGUCUCAGGUUAUGUACAUGUACUACCUGCUGGGACAUCGUCUGAUGGAGCUUCCGAUUUCCGUGGACCGUAAGGACGUGAUGGCCGAGAACACCUACCUACUGACUCUGGACGGAGAUAUCGAUUUCAAUCCGAGUGCCGUUACGCUGCUGGUAGAUUUGAUGAAAAAGAACAAGAAUCUGGGAGCCGCCUGUGGACGUAUCCAUCCAAUUGGAUCCGGUCCGAUGGUGUGGUAUCAGAAGUUCGAGUACGCUAUCGGCCAUUGGCUGCAGAAGGCCACCGAACACAUGAUUGGAUGCGUACUUUGUAGCCCCGGGUGCUUCUCGCUGUUCAGAGCCAAGGGUUUGAUGGACGAUAACGUUAUGCGGAAAUAUACGACCCGUUCGGAUGAGGCUCGGCACUACGUGCAGUACGAUCAGGGAGAAGAUCGUUGGUUGUGUACCCUGCUGCUUCAACGAGGUUACCGUGUCGAAUACUCAGCUGCAUCCGAUGCCUACACUCACUGUCCCGAAGGUUUCAACGAGUUCUACAACCAACGUCGUCGCUGGGUGCCAUCCACUAUUGCCAACAUCAUGGAUCUGCUUAUGGAUUACAAACGUACGAUCAAGAUUAACGAUAAUAUCUCGCUGUUGUAUAUCUUCUACCAGAUGAUGUUGAUGGGUGGUACGAUCCUGGGUCCCGGUACGAUUUUCCUUAUGUUGGUGGGAGCGUUCGUGGCGGCCUUCAAGAUUGACAACUGGACCUCGUUUUACUACAAUAUUAUACCGAUUUUACUGUUCAUGUUAGUCUGUUUUACGUGUAAAUCAAACAUACAGUUACUUCUAGCACAGAUAUUAUCAACGGUUUAUGCUUUGAUUAUGAUGGCGGUAAUAGUCGGUACAGCGUUACAGUUAGGCGAGGACGGCAUCGGAAGCCCUUCGGCCAUUUUCUUGAUAGCAAUGACGGGGUCAUUCUUUAUAGCAGCAUGUCUCCAUCCGCAAGAGUUUUGGUGUAUAGCUUCCGGGUUGAUUUACCUUUUGUCCAUUCCAUCUAUGUACUUGCUGUUGAUCUUGUACUCGAUCAUCAACUUGAACGUCGUCUCCUGGGGAACUCGUGAAGUAGUUGCCAAGAAGACUAAAAAGGAAAUGGAACAAGAGAAAAAGGAAGCCGAAGAAGCGGCCAAACGUGUGAAGCAGAAAUCUCUGCUUGGAUUCUUACAAGGCGGCGCUGGAUCAAACGCUGAUGAAGAAGGGUCGAUCGAGGUCUCGAUUGCAGGGCUGUUCCGGUGUCUUUUGUGUACUCAUGGAAAAACGACCGACGAAAAGGCUCAACUGAUUCACAUUGGCGAUGCGUUGACAGCUAUCACGAAGAAAAUCGAAAACUUGGAAAAGCACAUCGAUCCUCAUGGACACCACACACGUAAACGGACGGCAUCAGCCGGUUCGAAGGACCACCAUCUGGGCUCGGUAGCGGAGGACACCGAAGACGAAGAGGAGCAGUCCGAGUCGGAAACUUCCACACUGCAACGGAACGAACGCGAUUUCCUGACCAACCCGUAUUGGAUUGAGGAUCCGGAUCUUCGCAAAGGAGAGGUUGAUUUCAUCUCUAGCACCGAAAUUCAGUUCUGGAAGGAUCUUAUCGACCAGUAUUUGUACCCCAUCGAUCAGAACAAGGAAGAACAGGCCCGAAUUGCAUCCGAUUUGAUCGAGUUGCGGAAUAAGUCCGUGUUUGCGUUCUUCAUGUUCAACGCCCUGUUCGUACUGAUCGUGUUCUUGCUCCAGUUGAACAAGGAUAAAUUACACAUCGUAUGGCCGUUGGGCGUUAAGACCAAUAUUACCUACGACGAAGUGACGGCUGAGGUCCACAUAUCUAAGGAAUAUCUGCAGCUGGAACCUAUCGGGUUGGUGUUUGUGUUUUUCUUCGCUUUGAUUUUGAUCAUCCAGUUCGUGGCGAUGAUGUUCCAUCGUUUCGGUACCCUGUCCCAUAUUCUGGCCUCGACCGAGCUCAACUGGGGCUGCAACAAGAAACCGGAAGAGCUCUCGCAGGAUGCGCUGAUAGAUAAGCACGCGGUAGAGAUCGUCAAGAAUCUCCAGAGGUUGCAGGGUAUCGAUGGGGACUACGAUAACGAUUCGGGCAGCGGACCGGACCGGAUAGCGCGCCGUCGGACGAUUCAGAAUCUGGAGAAGGCCCGGCAGCCGAGACGACAGAUCGGAACGCUGGAUGUGGCGUUCAAGAAGCGGUUCCUAAAACUGACGGCCGAUGAGAACAACAGUGGCACUCCGAUCCUGACCCGGCGGAUGACGAUGCGUCGGGAAACGAUUCGGGCGCUGGAGGUGCGCAAGAACUCGGUCAUGGCCGAGAGGCGCAAAUCGCAGAUGCAGACCUUAGGCGCGAACAAUGAGUAUGGAAUUACCGGAAUGAAUAAUCAAACAAACAACAACGCUCCUCCACGACCAACGCGAACCUCGAACGCCGGGGUAAGCGUUAAGGACAUCUUCAACGUGAACGGAGGCCCAGGAGGCGACAUCUACGGGGUAACCGGGGGCCAGAUCAACCAAGCAUACGAACCUGUGAUCGAAGACGACGACCGAAACUCACUACGACUACAACCUCGUAACCAGGUGACCUGGAGCAACAGCAACGGCAGACUAUGACAAACCAGAAGCGCCUCCAUGUGCAUCGCCGUGCCGUUGCCGCCGAUGUCGGUCGACGAGACCGAACAAGUCGAAAGUGAGGAAUACACUCUAGAUUGAGACGUAUUGUGAUUGACUACACUCUAUUCUGAAAAAAGAAUCGCGAAUAAGCUGACUAGUGCGUUAAGUUAGUAGAACGAGUUUAAAGUACUCUUAAACCAAUUUUUUAAUGCCUCAAGCAUUCAAAAACAACUGCCGAUAAUUUACAUUGUUCAAACGUUAGAUAUUAGGGGAAACCGCCCACUGCCUAGAAACACUGCAAUAUUGAACGACAGAAACUGAAUCGAAAACAAACUCAAAUACUCAAUAAUGUAAUGUACUAAUCACAGGAUAGCAUUAAUAACAACUCGAGACGAAGGCAACAAACAACAACCUUCCAGCGCAAAGCAACUGAACCAACUGAAAACGCAACAUGUGCAAAAUUGAUUUCGAAAAACGCCUAUUGCAUAUUUAUUUGUUAGACGAUAAAGACAAGUUUAGGCCUUCUUACCAUAAAGACACGACUGACCGCGCGUAUUUUUUUAGGUUAAUUAAAUUACCCUACACAAGGAAAGGUAACAACAAAAAGUAUCUGUAUUAUUGUAAAUAAUUUUCGCGUCGUUCGUGGAUCCAGCAAGCAAUCCUUCUUCAUUCCUUUCGUUGUAUGUAAACUCACUUGUUUUGUAUGAUAUUCUCCAAUGCCCCUGAUGAAAGAUUUUGUCCAAAUUAGAACCUUCAUUGUAGAUUGUAAAUCGGUAAUUAUACAAAUGGAAUAAAAUAAAAUAUUGUAGGUUUAUACACUUUUAA